AUGAUAAGCGCCGGUCAGAGUACGAUGUACAGCCAAUCACGCAAGAUUACUCCAUUCACUUGGCUUCCCCUUCUUACACUCCUUCCUACUACAAUCAUAAACAUAGCAACGCCGCUGUGCAGCUAUUUGAGCGCCGACGACGAUGUCGAGCAAGAUGUCGGCUACAACCAGGAGACCAUUAGGAUGAUGGUUGGCGAUGAUGGCUGGCGCUCCCCCGCCUACUCCGACUCCCACCACCACCCGGGUCUGACCAUCCAGACGACGGACAAGCACGGCCGGUCGAGCGUCUUCAUUAUCAACAAGGAUGGCCAGCCCAUGCUCGCGAACCCCAUGUCUCCUCCCCACUCUCCCGACAACGUUCCCCAGAUCCGCAUCACCUUCCCCGACGAGCAGGAUGAUGCCGGCAUGACGAGGGGCGGCCGUGUCGUCGUCGUCCGCAUGGGCGAGACCAGCGUCGGCCUCGAGCCCGUCAGGGAAGAGCAGCUUCCCGUGUACGAGAAGGAGAACAACUCCCAGUUCUACUCGAUCGACAUGGACAAGAUUGGCGGUCUCAAGGAGAAGGACCGCACUCAGUUUCACUAA